AUGGCUCAGUGGCAAAGUCAGAUCAGCCGCCUUGGACGAGAAUCUGUAGCAGAUCUUCCUCGAUUUGCCUUCGGCCCCAACUGGGACAAGGACAUCAUUGAGUGGGUGGCGCUUUGGGGAACUGGCCUGGUGUGCUACCUGGCCGAUACCCAAUUCUGGUUCUGCCUGGGCUGCUCGGUGUUGGGCUUGCUCCUGGCCUUUCACCAGCGUGGCUGGCGCGUUCACCAGCUCCUGACGGAGGAUGCCUUGUCUGCCGUCCCGCAGCGCUUCGCGGAGCGAGUCCUUCUCGAAGCGCCGGAGGGACGGCAGCAUCGAGCUCGACUCUGUGAGGGCUCCGUGCCGCCUCCCCGUGCCACUGCCAAGUCCCAGUGGUUUCAGAAGUUCUUUCCCGACCUCUGGGACCGGAUCAUUGACUACAUGCGCUACGAAGACAAGUUGGAUGACUUCAUUAUCGGACAGAUGAAGUUCACGGUUGUGGGCGAAGGUCCGACCGUCUCGUGGGAAAGCGUCCACAGGCCGUUGAAGAGGCGGCAGCGCUUCUCACCACCACCGAUCUUCGAUGUCAUGAACUUUGGUCAAAGGAGUCUGGAGCGAGAUCUUGGCGUUCUGCCAACAGACACGUGGCCGUGGAGCACGGAGGUCCAGUGGCGACUCAAUGCCUUCGCACGCAACCUGGCAUCUGGGGACUUGCCCCGACCCUUCAUGACGCCUUACAUCCCAGGGCUCACGGUGCUGAUCCCUCACUAUGGCGAGCAGAUUCUUCUGACCAAAAAGGACCUCCAUCCCGACUUCGCUCCGCGGGAGGCACGGAUGAUGGGGAGGCGCUCCAGCCAGCUGGAGUUUACCACCACCAACUCUGGGGAGGAGGUGCCGCUGAUCUCAUGGCUCGAGAAGAGGUAUCACGAUGACUUUCUGGCCUUUACGUCUCGAACGAAGGGUUCAGACAGUACGUGGCCUGAUGCGGGAAGUCGGUGGGACCAGUACACGGACGAGGGCCACUGGACGAAACUCUGCGGUUGGGCUUCCAUGCGAUCACAGACCCUCUGGCGCACCGUGGUGGGUCUCAUGUACUACCUCCCUGCACUCGAGUGCUUCCACCAGAUGGUCGAGGAGAAGAACCGGGACUCUGCCAUGAAAUGGGACCCGAGCGAGGUCUUCACCUGCAUGGUGUCGAUGCAGAUGUAUGCCUUCUUUGAGGAGAUUCAGUAUUUGCACACCGAGAAGCUGCUGGAAAAGUUUCCCAGGAGCUUCCAGAUAGCCUUCAUUGACCAUGCGCUCAAAGGUGAUCGCGCGGGGGUGGACAAUGUUCACCCGAAACAAGAGCGACGCUACUACAGCUGCCUCAUUGACGCGAACUGUGAACACGAGGUCGACAACCCUCAGCGCCGGAAGCCGCGAUUGAAGAUCGAGCUCCCGGGCUUCCCAAUCCUUGGAGAUGGCAAGGGCGACAACCAGAACCAUGCGAUCAUCUUCACGCGUGGGUCGAUCAUCCAGGCCAUUGAUGCCAACCAGGGCGGAUACUUCGAGCAGAUGCUGCUGCUUCCCUGUGCGCUGGGGGAGUUCCGAAAACGUGACCGCAAAAUGGGAGGCCUCGAGCCGCGAAUCGUGGGCUUUGCAGAGCAUAUCACCAGCGACAUUGGCUCGCUUGGCGACUUUGCUGCUGGUGCCGAGACAGCCUUCGGGACUGUUCUUCAGCGGUCAUAUGCGCUCCUGGGGGCGCGGAUGCAUUAUGGACACCCUGACAUGAUGAACAAAGAGGUCAUGAUCCAGCAGGGCGGCAUCUCGAAAGCUACGAAGACAGUAAACUUGUCCGAGGACAUCUUUGCAGGGAUGGACCUCACACUGCGAGGCAAUGGACGCAACAUUGUCCACCGCGAGUACCUGCAUGUGGCCAAAGGCAGAGACCUGGGCUUCAACACAAUCCUCACCUUCUUUUCCAAACUCUCGGCUGGCACGGGCGAGCAGAUGUUGACGCGGCAGAUGGCACGGCUGGGGAACGAGCUGGCCCUGAACUCAGCAAUAGGUCUGUGA